AUGGGGAGAUGCACCGGGAGAUGCACGCUCGUGGGAUUCUGCUGCCUGCAGCUGGUGGCAGCUCUGCAGCGUCAGGUCUUUGACUUCCUGGGCUACCAGUGGGCUCCCAUCCUGGCCAACUUUGUGCACAUCCUGGCCGUCAUCCUGGGCAUCUUCGGCACCAUCCAGUACAGGUCCAGGUACCUCAUCCUGUACGCCGUGUGGCUCGUGCUCUGGGUAGGCUGGAAUGCCUUCAUCAUCUGCUUCUACCUGGAGGUCGGGCGCCUGUCGCAGGAGCGCGACUUCGUCAUGACCUUCAACACGUCCCUGCACCGCUCCUGGUGGAUGGAGAACGGGCCGGGCUGCCUGGUGACGCCGGUGCUGAACGCGCGCCUGGCGCCGGAGGACCACCACGUCAUCACGGUCACGGGCUGCCUCCUGGACUACCAGUACAUCGAGGUGGUGAGCAGCGCCACGCAGAUCUUCCUGGCGCUCUUCGGCUUUGUGUAUGCCUGCUACGUGAGCAAGGUGUUCCUGGAGGAGGAGGACAGCUUCGACUUCAUCGGCGGCUUCGACUCCUACGGCUACCAGGCGCCGCAGAAGACGUCGCACUUGCAGCUGCAGCCCCUCUACACAUCCGGGUAAGCUCUGGGCGUUCGGAGACACUGCUGCCAGCAGAGGACCCCUCGAAUCCCCGGACCUGGAUACGGCCCAAAAGAAACCCACCCUCCGACCUCCCCAUUUCCAUCACACCCCGAAAACGCAUCCAAACAGAGCAAGUCCAAGAGAUUCACUGGAUGAGCAACUCCCAAAUGUAGCUGGCAGCUCCCGGAGCACCGAGACCUCUCUGAGCAUCAUUCCCCAGCAUAGGAAUGAACAACGCUCCGGAGCGCCCAAGUUCCUGCACGCACGUCCUGCAGGAGCAAAGCACAUGUCUGCUCCCCAUCACCCCAUUUUCUUCCCUUUUCCCCCUUUUUAAAUGGAGCACCAUGGACUUCUCCGGGUGGAAACGGGCCCUUUCCGGAGCAUCUCAGCAUCUCGAGCUAUGUGGAUGGUUUUGCCAAGGACUCAGGACAGCUAGAAAACCUGGGAUGGGGGUUAAUUCCCCCAAGGAAAUUGCAGACUUGACGGGAGGAUAAAAAAGCCCCCCCAGGACUCCACAGCGGCCACUUUGCAGCUGCUUUUUCAGGCUCCAGAGCCGCCCCUCGGACAUUUGAAUUUGGCAAUAUGGACGCUGCUUUCUACGCGGCCUCUUCGUGGCCGUUUUAAUUAAUAUAACGAA